AUGACUAUUGCUGGAGGUCACGGGGAAGGCGAUACCACUAAUGAACUCUACCGCCCUAAUGGUCUCUUCGUUGAUGAUGAUCAAAAAGAGAUUAUUGCUGACUGCUGGAAUCAUCGUAUCAUGCAAUGGAAAAACGGUGAUACAGCGAAUGGACAAGUCGUUGCUGGUGGUAACGACUCAGGAAAGGGAUUGCACCAAUUGUAUUGGACAAGUGAUGUAUUAAUUGGCAAAGAAACGGAUAGUCUCAUUAUUUGUGAUCCAGUGAAUCGACGAGUUGUACGAUGGCCUCGUCGUAGUGAUACAACACAAGGUGAAAUACUCAUUGACAAGAUCGACUGUUGGGGAUUAGUAAUGGAUCAGCAGAGAUAUCUCUACGUUUCUGGCGAUGGAAAACAUGAAGUAAGACGAUAUAAAUUAGGUGAGAAGAAGGGCACUCUCGUAGUUGGUGGAAAUGGUAAAGGUAAUGGACUCAAUCAACUCAACUUUCCGACAUAUCUCUUUGUCGAUCGAGAUCAUUCAGUGUACGUAUCAGACUACAACAAUCAUCGUGUGGUGAAAUGGGUGGAAGGUACGAAAAAAGGUAUUGUGGUCGCUGGAGGACAAGACGUAGGGGAUGCUCUGAUACAAUUGUCUCAUCCUAAUGGAAUCUUCGCUGAUACGUUGGGUACACUCUAUGUAGCAGACGAGAGGAAUCAUCGCGUAAUGCGUUGGACUCAAGGAGACAAGAAACAUGGCACUGUAAUUGUGGGUGGAAAUGGUGAAGGAGCAGAAGCUAAUCAGUUCAACGUCCCGUAUGGUUUUUCUUUCGAUCGACACGGUAAUCUCUAUGUCGCCGAUCGCGAUAAUCAUCGUGUUCAACGAUUUUCUAUCGAAAAAGACUUGUGA